AUGUCAGCGUUCGACUCCAGCGAGGGCAUCUACCUGGCCGGCCGAAAUCGAAAGGUUGUCUGUUCGCUCCUGGGCAACUUUUUUGGGUACCCUUCGUUCCAGAAAAGGUACGGCCAGCAAUUCGGCGAUGGCUAUCAGCUCGCUCCACGCUGGCAAGCGGCUCUUUCCAACUCGACCACCCUCGGCGUGGUCCUGGGGCUCUUAGCCACCGGCUGGCUCGUCGACAUGUUCGGCUUCAAACGCGUCAGCUACGUCUCAUAUACCUUCCCGGUGGGCUUCAUCUUCAUCACCUUCUUCGCGCCCAGCAUGUCCGUCCUACUCACCGGCGAACUUCUUUGCGGACUAUGCUGGGGUGUGUUCAACAUCCUUGGACCCACGUACGCGUCCGAGGUCAUGCCGGUCGUGCUCCGCGGAUACCUGACGUCGUACGUCAACCUGUGUUGGGUCAUCGGUCAAUUCAUCGCGGCCGGCGUGCUGAACGGGUUGAUCCAUCGGACCGACCAGUGGGCCUAUAGGUUGCCGUUCGCGAUCCAGUGGAUCUGGCCUCUGCCUUUACUCGUCGCCACCGUUUUCGCUCCCGAAUCGCCCUGGUGGCUGGUCAGAAAAGGGAGAAUUGCAGAAGCUGAACAUUCCCUGGCGAGACUGGCUAAGCGAGGAGCCACCGAUCUCAAGGCAAACGUCGCCCUCUUGGUGCACACGGACAACCUCGAAAAGGAGAUCGAGACCUGUUCGACAUACAUGGACUGCUUCAAGGGUCCGGACCGGCGACGGACCGAGAUUUGCAGCAUGGUCUUCGGCAUCCAAAUUUACUGUGGCCUGAACUUUGCCCAGUACUGCACCUACUUCAUGGAGCAAGCCGGCCUCAAUACCGCAGACGCAUACAAGAUGAGCUUGGGAUACAACGGUCUGGCCUUUGUCGGCACCGUCUUGUCCUGGUUUUUGAUCGGCACCAUGGGACGAAGGACGAUUUACGUCGGUGGCCUCGGCAUAUUGACGGUCCUCAUGUUCUUGAUCGGCUUCGUCUCCCUAGCCGCUUCGGCAAACAAGGCUGCUAUGUGGGCGCAGUCGGCUUUAAUGCUGGUCUGGAUUUUCUUCUACGACCUUACCGUUGGCCCACUCGCCUACACGAUCGCCUCGGAGACAUCAUCGACACGCUUGAGAGACAAAACGCUCGCAAUCGGCAGAAACCUGGAAAACGUGUCGGCCAUCGUGGCCGGCACCAUCCUCCCCUAUAUGCUCAACCCCGGGUCUGGCGACUGGAAAGGCAAGACGGCCUUCUUCUGGGGAGGUCUGUCCUUGUUGUGCUUUGUUUGGGCUUACUUCAGGCUGCCGGAGUGCAAGGGCAGAACUUACGAAGAGCUCGAUCUCUUGUUUGCCAAGGAGGUACCUGCGCGCAAAUUCAAGGGCUACCUUGUCAAUGCCUACUCUGCGGAUGAGGUAACUCUUUCGACGGAAGUGGCCAAGGUGCAAAAGUAA